CGCCUCUGCCUCAACCUUCAAGAGUACCAUCUCGCCAAUCCUCCCCGACCCGUCUUUGCAUUCUCUGCAUUACUCUUCCCAUCAGUCACAAUGGCCUCCACCCGUGUGCUCGCCUCGAGACUGGCCUCUCAGAUGGCCACCAAGGCCGCUCGCCCGGCCGCUCGUGUCUCGCUUGCCAACACCAGCAAGCGGACCCUGACUGUCGCCAGCAAGUCCUCUCCUCUCCAGGCCGUCAAGCGUCAGCAGAUGUCGUCCAUCAUCAACGCCACCACCCGCCAGGCCUUCGCUGUCCAGCGCCGUGCCUACUCCUCCGAGAUUGCCCAGGCCAUGGUUGAGGUCUCCAAGAACAUUGGUAUGGGCUCUGCCGCCAUCGGUCUGACUGGUGCCGGUAUCGGUAUCGGUCUCGUCUUCGCCGCCCUCCUGAACGGCGUCGCCCGCAACCCUGCCCUCCGUGGCCAGCUCUUCUCGUACGCCAUUCUGGGUUUCGCCUUCGUCGAAGCCAUCGGUCUUUUCGACCUCAUGGUUGCCCUCAUGGCCAAGUUCACCUAAACGCAUCCCUCUAUCGAAUGGGAUCGGCGUCGAUACCUCGCUCGGAGCGGUCGAUUGCCUGUACAUAAUGGGGACGUGGGGACGAGAUCGGAGGGUUGGUGUGUACGAGAGGUUCAUAGGUCUCUGCGACUUGAUCGCAUCGCGUGGACUGAUGAAACGGACGGAAGUGUGCAUGGGAUAAUGGCGGGGAAUCGCAUCAACAUAGAUGGGGCCAUAUAGACCUAGAUCGGGGAGAACUUCCAGGGCGAUCCGACCGUCUUGCUGUCGGCACUGCCGACAUAACCUUGUACAUUACCCACGGCGAUUCUUCCCUCCGGGUUUACUGGGGGAAACUCCAUCACAAAAAUUUCACUUUUGUCUCAGAAACUCCCUUCCAGGUGCACCAUGUCGAAGCCCGCCGGGACGUUCUGUUGAGCUCAUUCACCUGCUCUGACUCCUGCACUGGCAGUGGCAUACGCCUUGCUGAGAUGUCAACAGAAAAGAAAAGAAUGGGUGGUGGCAGGGGACGCAGUCUGUAUGAAGAGAUGAGCAAAGAAAGGCGAAGAACCCAAACCUAACUUUGGGAGGUUUCGACCACUUCACCGACUGCUGCUCCACUCUGGCACGCGAGUCUCCCGGUGGAAACGUGGUCCGCGAUUGUUUGCUCCACCGCGAGCCCACUUGGGCCGCUGCAAGCGUCUCCCCGUUAACCAUGGGCGCUAGUACUCGAGGCACAUCAAAUUGUUGACAUCGCGUGUCCGUUGUUCAUGCGGAUUGUUGGUGCUGUCGUUGUCAUCGAAGAU